AUGUCAGGGGUCAUCAACUGGGUCCUUCCGGAUGACGUCUACAUGGCGACCACUGCGGAGAACACCAACGGUCAAGCCUUGGAAGAUAACACCCAAGGCUUCAACAUCCCGGUGGGCACCAGCUUCCUCACUUUGAAGGCCAAUCAAGUCAGGUCGACAACAGAUGCCUCACCGGCCAACUUCAUCGUUGUGCUCGGGUACCGCAGUGAUCUGGGAGCGUAUCAGAGUGCUUCGGCUGGCUGUGCAACGGCUCUCUACGAUGACAGUGGCGCAGCACCUGUUGACUCACCUUGGAUCACGGCCCUCAACUUUUCUGACGAGGAUCCGAGCUGGGAGUAUGCCAACGGCACCGUCUCGUGGACUCAAGACAGCCUCACAACUGAUCAAGCAUCGGUGUCGCAUUACAAGGUGUUCUUGGCCGAGGAUGCUACCGGCACAAACCAGCUGCUGGUCAACACCGUCUCUCGCGACAGUACCACUGCUGCGGUGGCCAGCACGAUGAUAGGAUAUCGCAACUUUGUGUUGGUGUACUCCUCGAACAACUACGGGGAUGCACCAACUCCAGUAUCUGCGGAGUACCAGGGCAAGAGCCCCCUCACCACUGUCACGCAAACUUCAACAUCCACUUUCACUGGAACGACGUCCUCCACAACGACGUCGCAGACUGCAACCUCAACCGAUACCACGACAUCAGAGUUCACGGUGGGGGUCACCAACGUUCAGUUCUGGGAUACGAACCCAGACUACUUCCGCAUCGGUGGAACCGUGAGUUGGGACGAGCCAGCAAACACUGCCGGCAUUGUGGAGUACCGUGUGAGAUUGGCAUUUGAUGUGGAAGCCUCCAGAGAGCAGCUGGUCUACGAGCCGAACCUCGGCUUUGCGACGGCUGUGCCAGUGGGGACUUCUUCCUUCUACAUUCUUGACAACACGGCAAGGAGAUUUUCGUGCUGUGAUCCCUCUGAGUAUCCCGCGGCAUGGAUUAUCGUGUACACUGUCAAGGACGGAGGUCAGCAACAGGCCGCCAUUUAUGCCGGCCAUGUCCUGAUCAAGGACAACCAGACAGCGCAGGUGGCAGACAGCAUCUACGUCCAAGAGCUGGCUCUCGUGGAUAAUACGCCUGAAGCACAAAUCAACAUCACGCUCACUGGGGACUUGUCAUGGAACACGACCGGCCCCGAUUAUCCAGCCGUUGGGGAGGAUUGGGGCCUCAUAGAGACCUGGGACAUCUACUUGGCUCAGGGUUCCCAGCUGGCAACCAGCGCGAGGUACAUCGCCAGUGUUCCGCUCACCAGCAAGACGUACACAUUCAACGCAGAGCCGUUAAACUCAGGUGAUGAUGCGAUAAUUGUCUACGCAUCCAAUACGGUUGGGAAGGCACCGUUCGGUAGUGUCGUCCAAUUCGGCCAAUUCGGAAGCCUUCAGACGACCUCCACCACGACAGUCUCCUCCACGUCGACGAAACCUCUGACUUCGCUGUAUGGGCUGACCGUCACCUUCACCGACACGGACACGACUGCGGAUUCUUUACUAGGCACAAUCACUUGGCAGCCUCCCGUGGAUCCAUCGUCACUGACUUCGUACAACAUCUACAUGGCCAGUGACCAGCAGGGCAGCCAGCAGGCUCCACUCGCUGUGGUGGCGUCGCCAACAACCACAUACACAAUAUCUACGCCGGCCACGAGAACGACGGGCAGUGCAUCUCCGGCAAACUGGUUGCUGGUGUAUCCGAGCACUGGUGGGUCCCUUUCCUGGACUGAUGCAGCCAGCUUGCAGUUGUAUGACAACAGCGGUGCCGUGCCUGCACAGCCAACCUUUGAUACCGUUUCGUUCGUUGAUGAGGAUCCCACAGGCAACUUCGCCUCGGGAACUGUCAGGUGGACACUGGCCGCUAACACCGACUUCGGGCACAUCACGCAUUACACUGUUUACCUUGCCGAGGACCAGGCGGGCUUGAACAAGAUUGCCUUCGGUGAUCCCGUCUCAUGGGAUGUCACGGAAGUGGUCGUGUCUACAGGUGUUGAGCUGAACAGCCGGUCACAUGUGGUGAUCUACGCGACCAACUCGUACGGAGACUCUCCCUCGCCAGGCAACAUCGUAUCUCCUGCCGGAACAUCCUAUGAGUUUGCGGACCUGGGACAAUCAACCACCACCAGCUCGACGACAACUGGUGUCACGGUGACCUCUGUCACCACUACGUCGGUCACGGGCACCACUGUCACCACAACCUCAUUCACUUCUACAAUAAGCACAAGCGGCACCUCCACGACAACGGUGACGAACACUCAAACAACCUCCACCUCACAGACAUCGUCCUCAGUCACAUCCAGCACUAUAAGCUUGACAUCCACAAGCACGAGCCGAACUGCCUCAACCACAACGACCAUCACCACCAUGACGAGCACGUCUUCCAGUAUCACCGUCACAUCGUCGACUGCCACCACGUCGACAGGCACGUCAACCAGCGAGACCGCUACAAGCAGCACCAGCAUGACAUCUUCAACUACUUCAUUCACCCACACUUCCUCCACCAUCACAACUUCUUCAGCAACUACCACCUCGUCGCUCUCGACAACCUCCAGCACCUCCACGACCGUUCCGCCACUCCAAAGUAUCAUGGACGCUGCGAGGGCCGCAGCGGCGCAAGCCGCGAGCGAGGGGAAGUCCUUAGCGGAGCAAGCAGCUUUAGCUGGAGAAGCUGCUCGAGAAGCAGCAGCAGCUUUGGGCCUCAGCAUUCCUGAGCAGGCAGCAAUGGCUGGACUGGCUGCUUCAACGGUGGGCAGAGAAGCUGGGAUGAACAUCACGGAAGCAGCAGAAGCAGCUGGUCUUGCAGCUGGAGCUGUGGGAGCUUACUACAGCUUGUCGCUCCAGGUGCAGGCAGACUUCGCAGGAAAGGCUGCGGGGGUGGCCGCGGCCAGUGCAACCGCCGACGCUGGAGACCCCGCCAGUGCACAGGACACGGCUGGUUACUCGAAAAAGGGCACGUUCUUGCAACACUGCAUUCCCAGCAUUCCGACAAGCAUUCCGACAAGCAACCGGUUGCAGAACUCUCACUUAAGAGCCUUGGCAGAGUUGUGCAGGCAGCUGCUGCUGGUACUGCUGCCGCCGACGCCGUCCACGUCUUUUCUGGGACUGCUUCUGCGUCAGCAUGAGUUCACAUCAUUACUUCUGUUAUUCCACAUCGUCAGGACGCCGGAGGAGCAGGCCUUGGCAGCUGGCGCAGCCGCCGCCGCUGCCAUUGCUGCUGCGGGAGGGACGCUAGAAGAGCAGUGGCCGGCUCAGAAGAACGCGUGCUUGGCGUGCUUUCCACCCGUGCUGCUUCACGUUGUUUUCGCAUGCGAGCCAGUCUAUGUCUGGCAUCCUCCAAGGAUCCAGGCAGCUGCGGCGGCUGUUGCAGCUUCAGGACAGGCAGAUGGAUUGACGCUGGAGCAGAUUGCGGCGCUGGCCAGUACAGCAGGCAGUACACUGUCGACAGCUGCCGGACAGACUGCAGAGCAACAAGCUGCUGCUGCAGCUGCAGCUCGGCCGCGUUUCCAUGUAGGUGUGCGGGAUGCACUGCACAUGGAUCAUGUGCCCCAGGCAGCCGUAUCCACCGCUGCCUUAGCUGCCAAUGCCACACAGCAGGCAAGGGCUUCGCGUGGGGCAUAUGACCUUUUCGAGUCCUUUCCUUAUCAGGUGGCCGACGAUCUCGCAGCCACAACGCUGGGCAGCUUGCUUGGUGCAUUGUCGCCGGCAUCCAAUCAGACCAACUCGGCCAACCAGACAUCUGUGCAGCAGGCGAUUGCAGCCGGUGCCAGUGCGGCCGCGGCUGCUGCCAGCCUAAACAUGACUGCAGAGCAGCAGAUCACAGCAGCUGCACAGGCGGCCAUGACGUCCGGCCAGGGCGCUUUAAAUCAGGCACAGUUGCAAGAAGCGGUUGCGAGUGCAGCUGGUGCAGCAGCAGCGACCGCCGCAGCAGCAGAUGGUUUGACACCGGAGCAACAGGCAGCUGCUGCUGGUGCUGCGGCUGCCGACGCCAUUAGCGAGCUUUUCAGCGGGACGCCGGAAGAGCAGGCCUUGGCAGCUGGCGCAGCCGCCGCCGCUGCCAUUGCUGCUGCGGGAGGGACGCUAGAAGAGCAGUGGCCGGCAGCUGCGGCGGCUGUUGCAGCUUCAGGACAGGCAGAUGGAUUGACGCUGGAGCAGAUUGCGGCGCUGGCAGUACGCUGUCGACAGCUGCCGGACAGACUGCAGAGCAACAAGCUGCUGCUGCAGCUGCAGCUCGGCCACGUUUCCAUGCAGGUGGCCGACGAUCUCGCAGCCACAACGCUGGGCAGCUUGCUUGGUGCACUGUCGCCGGCAUCCAAUCAGACCAACUCGGCCAACCAGACAUCUGUGCAGCAGGCGAUUGCAGCCGGUGCCAGUGCGGCCGCGGCUGCUGCCAGCCUUGGCAUGACUACAGAGCAGCAGAUCACAGCAGCUGCACAGGCGGCCAUGACGUCCGGCCAGGGCGCUUUAAAUCAGGCACAGUUGCAAGAAGCGGUUGCGAGUGCAGCUGGUGCAGCAGCAGCGACCGCCGCAGCAGCAGCUGGUUUGACACCGGAGCAACAGGCAGCUGCUGCUGGUGCUGCGGCUGCCGACGCCAUUAGCGAGCUUUUCAGCGGGACGCCGGAAGAGCAGGCCUUGGCAGCUGGCGCAGCCGCCGCCGCUGCCAUUGCUGCUGCGGGAGGGACGCUAGAAGAGCAGUGGCCGGCAGCUGCGGCGGCUGUUGCAGCUUCAGGACAGGCAGAUGGAUUGACGCUGGAGCAGAUUGCGGCGCUGGUGCGGGAUACACUGCACACGGAUCAUGUGCCCCAGGCAGCCGUAUCCACCGCUGCCUUAGCGGCCAACGCCACACAGCAGGUGGCCGACGAUCUCGCAGCCACAACGCUGGGCAGCUUGCUUGGUGCAUUGUCGCCGGCAUCCAAUCAGACCAACUCGGCCAACCAGACAUCUGUGCAGCAGGCGAUUGCAGCCGGUGCCAGUGCGGCCGCGGCUGCUGCCAGCCUUGGCAUGACUACAGAGCAGCAGAUCACAGCAGCUGCACAGGCGGCCAUGACGUCCGGCCAGGGCGCUUUAAAUCAGGCACAGUUGCAAGAAGCGGUUGCGAGUGCAGCUGGUGCAGCAGCAGCGACCGCCGCAGCAGCAGCUGGUUUGACACCGGAGCAACAGGCAGCUGCGGCUGGUGCUGCGGCUGCCGACGCCAUUAGCGAGCUUUUCAGCGGGACGCCGGAAGAGCAGGCCUUGGCAGCUGGCGCAGCCGCCGCCGCUGCCAUUGCUGCUGCGGGAGGGACGCUAGAAGAGCAGAUCCAGGCAGCUGCGGCGGCUGUUGCAGCUUCAGGACAGGCAGAUGGAUUGACGCUGGAGCAGAUUGCGGCGCUGGUGCGGGAUACACUGCACACGGAUCAUGUGCCCCAGGCAGCCGUAUCCACCGCUGCCUUAGCGGCCAACGCCACACAGCAGGUGGCCGACGAUCUCGCAGCCACAACGCUGGGCAGCUUGCUUGGUGCAUUGUCGCCGGCAUCCAAUCAGACCAACUCGGCCAACCAGACAUCUGUGCAGCAGGCGAUUGCAGCCGGUGCCAGUGCGGCCGCGGCUGCUGCCAGCCUUGGCAUGACUACAGAGCAGCAGAUCACAGCAGCUGCACAGGCGGCCAUGACGUCCGGCCAGGGCGCUUUAAAUCAGGCACAGUUGCAAGAAGCGGUUGCGAGUGCAGCUGGUGCAGCAGCAGCGACCGCCGCAGCAGCAGCUGGUUUGACACCGGAGCAACAGGCAGCUGCUGCUGGUGCUGCGGCUGCCGACGCCAUUAGCGAGCUUUUCAGCGGGACGCCGGAAGAGCAGGCCUUGGCAGCUGGCGCAGCCGCCGCCGCUGCCAUUGCUGCUGCGGGAGGGACGCUAGAAGAGCAGAUCCAGGCAGCUGCGGCGGCUGUUGCAGCUUCAGGAAUCGCGGAUGGCCUGACAGUGGAUCAGAUCGCGGCACUUGCUGGUCAAGCAGGCCGGAUCUUGAUUUUAUGA